GACCGGGGGGAGGAUGAGACAACGGCUUCCUACUCCUUUUUACCAAUAAUGUCGAGUACCGGGCAUUCCACGAGGGUUCCCGGUCUCCGCCAGCAGGGUAGACAUCAUCUCUUGCAGAAACUUCACUUUAGAGAACUGUAUGGGGAAACUAGACAGACUCGCUCCCGCCCCAGGCAGCGACUAUUUUACCAGUUACCCCAUCGGUUGGCAUUCUCUUUGGCUCAGGUGGCCCCCACAUCCGCACUAGCAGCAGGGCACAUAUUUUUAGGGUUCACAAAAUGCGGUCAGUUUGUCCUUUCAUACACUCAUUCUUGUGACACAGAUGAUCACACACUGCAAAUGAUACACAGGUACAGGCUCCACUGGUGGGUGUUUGUACCGUAUGCACCAUUGAGAAAAGUAGCGGAGGUAAUGCUCUUUGGUGACCAAGACCUCCAGGAGAGUGUUUAUGAGAAUAUAUUCAUCUCUGUAUGUCAAUGGCCAAAGGACCUCUCAAAAAUUCUUGUUUAUGGCUGCAGUAUGAUUGAAGGCCUUGACGGCAAUUCUUCACAAACUCGUCGGUGCUAUAUCACUAUCACAGCUGUCCCUUCACUUGAUAAUUGUUCAGCUUGCUACCAGGUGGCUACAUCAUAUGAAGAAGAUGAUUUAGCAGAGCGGUGGAACAGCUGUGCACGAUUCAGCUGCUUGCAACAUGGGAUCACAGUGCACACCAGCUUUGAGAUGGUGCCUCCUUUCCCAAGAUUCCUCCCAAAUGUACAAAUGAAGCGGGAGGGCUUUGUGGUGCUUAAUGCUGGGAAUUUUAUCCACGUGUUGAAUGUUAAUCUUGAAAACAUGGACAGAAAGAUGAAGGAAGUAGAGACAGAAAUAUUAGGGAUGAGAAUCAAUGAGAUAAGUUCCGAGGAGAGAGAUGAGGAGGAGGAGAGUGACGAUGAGAGAGAGCAAGGCAAAGUUAAGGAAAAUAGGGCCUCUUCGGGUAAACAGUACUGUGGAUCAAGCCUCAGAUCAGGCAAAGAGUUCAGUGUGAUGGACAGCUCAAGCAGUGACGUUGACCUGGAGGCAGAUGGCCGGAGUAGUUGUGAGGAGGAGGAAGGAACUCACAUUGAAAAAGAUCCAAGCAGUAUUGAGUCUAGUACAAGUAGUCUGAAAGUUACGUUGAACACUGGGGGUAUGUGUGGGUGCAGUAGUUCAAUGAGUGAUAAAGACAGAGAAUGGGAAAUUCUGAUCGGAAGUGUAGCACCAAGAAAUGAUGAGAGGGCAAGAACUGAGGGUUGUAAUAACAUUCAUAGGAUGUGUGAAAAUUAUCCAAGGGGCAGUACCAUGGAAGGUCAGGGUAUGUCUCAUAGACUUGACAUCAAUGACUGUGAUAAAAGUCCUGGCAGUUGUUUAGAUCAAGAUGAUGGUGCCACAGCUGUCCAGGGCAUCGUUCGUAAUCUCUCGCUCAAAGAUUUUCAAUUGCCUGAUGAUUCUCCAUACCAUUUUUAUGGAGAAAGUGACACUUUCAAUGAUAACGACUCAGACGACUCAACCAGGUGCUCGCACAUAAGUGAAGAUUCUCGCCUGGGCCGCUCAGAUCUCAGGGACACAGUGAGCAUUAGUGAUAGGUGUAAGAAUGGAUCAAAUUGCUGUGGAAAUAAUAUAAAGGCCGAUGAUUGUGCCUUUAAUACUCAACAACAGGGUAGAAUGGUACUUAGAAGUUCAAGUGAAAGUUCCUAUGGGGAGAAGACACCAGUGAAACUCGCAGAAAAAGAGUAUGAAUUCAUAGAUGAAAUUACAGACUCCCGACAUGAAAAGCUCAGUGUAUUCAGGCGAAGGCGACUGGCUGACAAGAAGUACGAAUUUUCAGACGAGAACAUAGAGAAUGUUCCUCAAAAGUACAGCAGUUUCAGAAACCAGAGCCGGAGAUUGAUCAUGAGUCCCUCUCGGUCACCACGGUUCCGCUCAAUGGGUGUGCCAUUGUCCGAAUUAUCCAUAGAGCUGGGCGAGUCAUCCGGCUUCAUAAGAUCCAUGUAUGAAAAGCUUCUAAGUCCAACCUCGGGUAGUGGCUCUCCCAGCGAUGUACUCAGACCCAUCAACCAGAAUAUCACUAGUCCCAUCCUAUCACCUCGAGAUGAUCGCUGGAGAGAGGAAAUUGAUCGAUUAGAAAAGGCUGAACUACAAAGAUGGAGUUCAAGAGAAAGUUUAGGCUUGUAUGCCCUGAGUCCUGGAUGUGUGCAGAAGGCGUCGGAGAAAUCUUCAAAUGCUACCCCAGCUAAUGCCCCAGAUCCCACACAGUCUCAGGCUCUGAAUUGUGUAGUUGACUUCAACCGGAGAUAUAUCGAAGUUGAUGAUGAACUAGUGUCAAUUAUCACUGAUAUAGAAGAUGAUGAGUUAGGAACAGCCACUGGUUAUCACAAUGCACUACCUCUGGAAGUCCAUGGAUCAGGAUACACACAGAUGCAUAUGAUAUCUAAUACCAAAGCUGAGAAACUGAUGGUGCCUGGUGUGCUAGUGAAACAGGUCAGCCUAGAUGUUGAGCAGUUUUGCCAUGAGAUGGCCCAAAGACUUUGUACUGAAGCAGGCAAGAAGUACUUCUUUUGCAAUGACUAUAAUGUUGAAAUUGUUGAUGUAUGUCCCAGCAGUGGAAAUAUAGUUGCCUUAGCCUCUGUGCUUGUUCAGGCAGCAACCAUGGUCAAGGGGCUUGGCAAGACAGUUCGAUCUCCACUCAGUUCUCUUACUCGAAAGCAAUACAAAACUACAGCAACAUUCAUUUUCAAUAUGGAUACCAAACAGUAUUAUCUUGUGGAUAAGGAACCACUACUUGAAGAAGAUCCAUACAGCCUAGAGAAUAUGGAAGGAGAUGUUGGUGACGAGAGAUGGUGGCAGAGUGCACGACAAACAGCUCGCCAAUUACGAACUCAGUGGGCUGUACCAACAGAUUAUUAUUCAAGUGUAAAAGUUUUAACCAAUGAACCACUUUUAAAAGGUAAAUCACUGAACCACAUAAUGGAAGGACAGCACCUGGUAGCAUUAGUACUUGGUCCACACCAGCAAGGACUAUGAGAAAACCCAACUUUAUCAACAUAUAUUUUCAACUUGAGCAAGAGCGUAUGACAUUGCUGAACAUAUGCUUCCUCUUCCACAAUUUAGUAUUUUUUUCACAUUGCCAUUUUUUUUUGCUCUGAUAAGGAAGCUGAAUGCUUAAUCUUCUUUUAAUGCCAACACUGUGAUUUGGAUUAGCAUAUACCAACUUGUUCUUUGGGAUAUCAUGCAUUUUAGCCAUUGCUGCCUUUUUUCAUGGUAGGAUGUUGAGAACAAGGCACUCUCUCCUAUUGUGCUAAUACCUUGGACCUGCAGAGUAAACUGUUAGCAAACAAGAAGAUUCAAAAUAAUAGACUUCUCAUUGAUUUCACAGUGCAUACCUGUGGCUAGUUCGUUUCAUGAAAUAUUAGGAGAAAACUUCUCCAAACAACUUGGGUUGUAUCCAUUCAGAUUUAUAUAUUGAGUACUUUACCAUAAAUUUGUGUGUAGCUUCAGAUUUGAGUCAGAUUUGAUAAAAGAAUGAUGGCAGCCACUAGAGCUAUGAAGUUUUUUAAGGGAGUUGACUUAUGGGCAUUUUUAAUGAAAGGAGAUCCAAGAAAUGAUUUUGAGUCCAAAAAAAAAGAAGUUAAUAUGAUUUACAUUUCAGGUAAUUUAACAAGUUUAAUACCACAGCUUGACGUGAUUUAGGUUUAUUUAAUCUACAAGCCAAUCUCAGGUUAUUUGUUCUCUCUUGACAUUGUGAUUUAGUUUCCCUUUUUUGCUUGAUAAGUGCCUUUUAUCACUUCAAUGGUGGAUGUUUUGUGUCAUAUUCAAAUGCAACACAUUAGUGAUAAACCUGCAAAGAAGGUUGGUAGGUUUUCUGGGUUAACAAGUUUUAUUGUUCAGAACUAUUAUUUUAUCCAGUUUAUGGACUGUAGCGAGUUCAUUCUGUCUUUAUUGUCUUAAUUAUGAUCCUAUUUAUUUCUUUAAAAUGAUGAUAAUUGAUAUUGUUAUCAUUUGAUGCUCCUGAUGCUGCUUUACAAGUCUUCUGAGUAGAAUGUUGCUAAAUGAUAGCUUAGUAUUGCAGAAGAUGAAUUUAGCAAUAUAUGAUAUGUGGCAUUUAUAAGCAAAUGCAACCUAGGAUGGCUAAGUUAUAGCUCUUCUAAAUCAGGGAUCCCUCGUCACAAGCAGCAUAAGGCAUUCUCUGUAGGGAAGGGAAAUUAUCAUUCUUUCUGUACUACUUGGUUUAUAUCUUUUUUUUGUUUUUUUUUUAAGGUAUGUUGAAUUCAAUCUCUUUUUCAAAUUUGCUCACAUUCUUAUUCACUUUAUCUCCCUCCUGCUCUUCUGAUUUUGCCCUGUUUCCCUCAGUUAAUUUUUUAUCUUUUUUUCAUUUAUAUUUAUUUCCUUCUGAAGAAGUAAGAGCAGCUAACAUUAAGACCUCAGGGCACUUCAUAAACAGGGAUUUUGAUUUAACAUCAUUAUUCUUUCUGCAUUUCUGCUUGUUUUCACCAAUUAUAGGAAAUGGCAUCUUUUGAGAAUCAUCCAAGCCAAUAUUAAUCAUGGCAGGAACAUGAUGAAUACACGUGUAUUUCAUACACUUGAAAUGCAGUUGCUGCAAAACGGUGAAAAGUGCUUUGGCAUAAGAAUAUCCUGCUAAGUGGUUGCUGAAGAUAUUUAUGAAACUUUUUUUUUUUUUUUUUUCUACCUUAUGCUAAUGUGAUAGGCACUCAUAAUACUAAGAUUAUUUGAGAUUAAAGAUUAAGUUAUGCUGUGAUGCAGCCAUCACUCAAGAAUGAAAGAUAGUGUAAGCAGUGAAAGUUGAUGCUUUGGGAGACAAUGUAUGUGAUUUAUGGUUGUAAAUUAAGAGUAUGGAAGGCAGAUUUUUGGGAAAGAGGGUUACUACACUCUUUCUUAAUCUUUCUGGAAUUAAUGUUAGAAAUUCUUAAAAGUUUUUGUCUGUUAGCAGCACUCAUUUCAUGACAUGCUAACAAAGACUUAUUUAUUAGAAAGCAGGAAAAUGUAUUUCAAAGUCACUGUUGCAUGCAGUUUUAGCUCAAGACAUCAACAGAAACUUGUUUGUUUUUCCUGUUGUAGGACUGUGUAUCUCAGAUGUCUGAGGAUAUAUUACUGAUGUGGAACUAAUGGUCCAAAAAGCAUUUUUAAGCUGUGUCCGUAUGUCCUUAGGAUUAGUACAGAAAAUAAUUACAGAAGAUAGAAGGAAUGUCUCUAGAUGGUUUCGAAUGUACAGAUCUUCAGGUAUUCCUAGAACCAUGGACAUUUUUUCUUUUUCUUUUUUUCUCUCUGAAAUUCUUUCUGACAUCUUUUCAUUAUUUGUUAAGAUAACUAGGGUUAAAAAGGACUGAUGAGAUUGAAUCUUGACAUCUCACCUGUAGCCCAUAAUGGUGCUAGACUGAGAUUGCCUCCAGCUAUUUUUUAUGGAUAGAAACAAAGAGAAAAAAAGAAAAGAAAAUGUUUCUCUUUUUUUUUU